CCGCAGAUCUCAGACACGCGCGUCGGGGAUGUAGCUUCUAUACCUCGCCCAGAUGGUCUAUAUAAAUCCCUGACGCCGCAGAACAGCUACGUGAGAACUCACCCGACCUCGCAUGCCCGCUGAAAUAGUCAGGGAUCGACACCCUAGAACCUAUAUAUAGUAACCGGUUGGGGGCUGAAUUCCAUUCGCCGCCUCUUGGCUUGGCAUCAAACCAACAACUCCGUUCGCUGUGAUCUUUCGACCAACCUGAUAUGUCCGACAUGACAAGCGUGGACGCUUCCACAGAUGCCUUGCAACUUCGUAAACGGCAACGGCCGGUAGUGUCGUGCCUGAGAUGCAGGGAGAAGAAGCUUAAGUGUGAUCGAGUGACCCCAUGCGAGAAUUGCAUCAAAGCCGGAUGCCCCGGAGGUUGUACUUAUAACCAGUGCCCCAAUGCAUUUCCCAAGGUGAAACGCAUUCACCUAAGUCCGAAUGAUGCUGGGCGGAACCAUGAGCAACGGAGUGAGGCCGAAAAGGCUCCAGGAAUCGGGGUUAUUGAAGACCUCCAGCAACGGGUGAUCAGGCUAGAAGAACGGCUCGGCCUGGGGCCGCAGGUUGCUAAUCCCCCCUUGGCUAGCCAUGCCCCAGCCCUUCAAAUCAAUAUUGAUGCGCGACCGCACGAUAGCGCUCCUGAAACAAGCGACUCCCAGCCAUUUAUUGGCACUCUGGUGGUCAAGGGGACGCGAACCCGGUAUCACGGGCAAAACAACAGGAUUUCUCUUCUGAAUCACUUCGCCGAAGCCAAGGAGUUCAUUGCGCAGUGCACUAGGGAUCCGACAAUUGUCAGCCUUGCGAAGGAAGUCCAAUUUCUCCAGGGGAAAUUGCAAGGCCCGAUGGACUCGCCCGCGUCGAGCUUGGAAGUUGGAAGUUCCUCUGAACUGGCGCAACUUCGCGCGUCCCUCCCUCCUCAAAGUAUCUGUGACCGACUGUUGAACAGCUACACCACUAACUUUGAGAAGACAUUUCGAAUUAUCCAUGUCCCUUCAUUCUUCCAGGAGUACACGCAAUUCUGGGCUAACCCAGAUCAUGAGCGUUACCAGUCAUCCUCUGCAUUUCUACCGCUUCUCACGGCGGUAUGCACCGCAUCACUGGCGCUAGAAGGCCAGCGGUUGAAGGAAAAUGACAUUACCCUGUGGGAGUAUUUGAACGGCCCAGCACUCGUCCUGAUCCAACUUUGGCUUCAGAAAUUGAGUCGAAAGCAGCGGACUGAGCUGGCUCCACUUCAAAUUGAGACACUUCUUCACUUGAGUCGCCGUGUACGACUAGUGCCCACCGAGGAAGUGUGGAGGGCCACGGGCAGCAUCGUUCGUUCAGCCAUGGUGAUGGGUCUGCACCUGAAUUUGAGAAACUGUGCGGAGCUAUCGGCCUUCCAGGCGGAGAUACGGCGCCGACUCUGGAUUACUAUCGUGGAAUUGGACCUUCAAGCGUCUAUCUCGUCGGGGAUGCCUAUGAUGGUGUCUCCCUACGACGUUGGACCACCACCGGCCAACCUCAACGACUCCGAUUUCGAUGAGACCACCAUGGAGCUUCCGCCCUCGAAGUCGUUAUCGGAAUGGACAGACUCUAUCUAUCAGGUGUCCCUGGCCAUGUCCCUGGCAGAGCGUAUACGAGCAUUGUCUUUAGUUCGAAUAGCAUAUACGAGAGCCGAUCUAAGCGAAGUGGUCCAGCAGGGACGAAAGAUCGUAGAAUGCCUGCGGCAAAUACCUUCUCACUUGAAACUGAACGAAAAUCUUACGAAUGGCGUCAAUCCGACAGUGCUGCUGAGUCGGGUUCUACUAGACAUUUAUACACGCAGGCCUCUGUUAUUCCUCUACCGGCCCAUCGUGCUUGGGCAUCCUCGCGAUGAUCCGGCUUUCCAAGAGGUCUGCCAAGCCUGCCUAGAGUCAUCCCUAGCUAUCCUAUCCUACCAGGACCACUUUGACCCCAAUGUAGCUGAUCUAGAGGUGUUCAACUCAGGCGCAUAUUGGGAGCUCUUCCAAGUAAUCUGCAACGGCGACAUUUUAUGGGCCGCUUUAAGUGUGUGUGGAUACAUCAAGCACUCUAGCCUACCUGGUCUAGCCGCGCAGUGGAACUCAACACACAGCAAGGCGAGUUUGACUCGUAUUGUUGAAAACACUUUGGACAGCUUAACCCUCCGUAUUAGCGAAGCAGGGAGUAACCUCAAGGACGUUCUGCUUCUCGCAGUCGUUCUACAAUCCGUGCGCGCCCGCGGUUCGACGCACAUGCAGGAACAACGCAUGUCGCAAGGGGCCAAACGGGCCUUGGCUGCUUGUCGACAACAGCUACUUCCCGCGGUUGCGGAGGACUCGCUGGCAUUGAAUCUCACCGAUUUCGCUCAGAUGCUUCAAACUACGCAACCGAUAUUCAACUCCACCGGCCCAGGGUCGUACACGCCCUCCACUGAGCUCCACCUGCCAGAUGAUUUUCUGGCUCAAUCAUCGGCACUGGCUAUGGAGUUCAAUAAUUUCCAAGGGGAUCCGUUCAUUAUUGAGAAUGGCGCUUUUGCGUGGAAUCUUUAGGGAGUCUUAAUAUUUUCGGAUUUAGACCCCUGGCUCGUUCCGCAUAAUGAAUUGUUCUAGAUAAAGAUAUGUAAAUGAUGCAAAAAUAUACCCCAUGCUCCAAAUAAGCAUUGA